AUGCGCUCCGGUAGUGGUGGUGCCGUUCCUGAUGUGGUUGUUGGAAUAACUCUCGACGGCGUUGCCUUGGCCGCGUGUGAUGCCUUGGCCGCCGUAGCUUCAUCCUCACCAGCUUCGUGUUCUUCGUCUUUAACCGAUCGGGGUCAUCUUAAAUCGCCAUGGUCGCGCAGAAAAAGAAAACACAUACUAUCACCUCGUCACUGGAGAAAUUUGUUUACAUCAGAUGGAAAACUUCGUGAUGGUGGAGUGAAAUUUCUGAAGAAAGUUCGCAGUGGAGGUGUUGAUCCAAGCAUCAAGGCAGAGGUUUGGCCAUUUCUUCUUGGAGUCUAUGACCUAUCCAGUACCAAAGAAGAAAGAGAUGUUAUUAAAACUCAGAAAAGGAAGGAAUAUGAGAAAAUACGAAGAAACUGUCGCCGUCUUCUCAAACAUAAUAAUAAUCUCUUCAAGUUAAAUGAAACUGGUGAAGCAAGCAAUGGUGACAGUGGAAGUCUCAUUGAAGGCAGUGGUUCCCCCAACUCUGAAGAUGUCGUGAGCGCCAGAGAAUCCCUUUCUAGUGAGGAAAGGUUUCCUUAUGAUGAGGACUUGGAUCAUCCUAGUAACACAAUGAUGGAUGGAUGUGCUGGUUCUAAACGAGCAACGGAUUCAAAUGUCAUCACAUUCUCGGAUUCAUCGUACUCAGACUCCUCCGAAGAUCCUGAUGCAAGUCAAACUUUUAACUUCGCAGAAAAUGGGGAGGAGAAUGAUCGUGAUAUUCCCUUGAUGGAUGAUUCUUCUCCCUCAAAGAUGGAAGUCCAGUCAGAACCUCGUAGUGCAGAAGAUUUUGCCACCUGGCAGCGAAUCAUCCGGCUUGAUGCUGUCCGUGCUAGUGGAGAAUGGAUAGCGUACUCCCCAGUUCAGGCUGCAGUGUCAGAAGGAAAAGCACGUCGUUCUGCUGAGGUUGUUGGAUUGAAGGAUUAUGAUCACCUUGAGCCCUGUAGGAUCUUCCAUGCUACCCGUUUAGUUGCCAUUCUUGAAGCCUAUGCAGUUUAUGACCCUGAAAUUGGCUAUUGUCAGGGAAUGAGCGAUCUACUUUCCCCCAUAAUUACUGUUAUGACAGAGGACCAUGAAGCUUUCUGGUGUUUCGUAGGUUUCAUGAAGAAGGCUCGUCAUAAUUUCAGGCUUGAUGAAGGAGGAAUCAGAAGACAACUCAGCAUUGUUUCUAAAAUUAUCAAGUUUAAGGAUUCACAUCUUUUCAGACACUUGGAAAAACUCCAGGCAGAGGAUUGCUUUUUCGUGUACAGAAUGGUGGUGGUACUCUUCAGGCGGGAACUGACUUUUGAACAAACACUGUGUCUUUGGGAGAUCAUGUGGGCUGAUCAGGCUGCUAUUCGAGCUGGAAUUGGUAAGUCAGCAUGGAGCAGGAUAAGGCAGCGAGCCCCACCAACAGACGAUCUCUUGCUUUAUGCAAUUGCAGCCUCUGUAUUGCAGAGGAGGAAACAAAUUAUCGAAAAGUAUAAUAGCAUGGACGAUAUUUUAAGGGAGUGCAAUGCAAUGGCCGGGCAUCUUGAUGUAUGGAAGCUUCUGGACGAUGCACACAACUUGGUGGUAACCCUCCAUGACAAGAUCGAGACUCCUUUAUGA